AGAACGAGUAACUAGACUUAAGGAUUUAAUGGUUGGCGAUGAAGCGUCACAGCUGCGAUCACUACUAGAGGUUUCUUAUCCAAUGGAAAAUGGCGUGGUGCGCAAUUGGGAGGACAUGUGUCAUGUCUGGGAUUAUACUUUUGGACCUAAAAAGAUGAAUAUCGAUCCAACCAACACCAAAAUCUUACUUACAGAACCUCCUAUGAAUCCUACCAAGAAUCGAGAAAAAAUGAUCGAAGUCAUGUUUGAAAAAUAUGGCUUUGAUUCCACAUAUAUCGCAAUCCAAGCUGUGUUGACGUUAUAUGCGCAGGGCCUGAUUAGUGGUGUCGUUAUUGAUUCUGGAGAUGGUGUGACACAUAUCUGCCCAGUUUAUGAGGAGUUUGCGUUACCGCAUCUUACUCGCCGGUUAGAUAUUGCUGGACGUGAUAUAACUCGCUAUUUGAUCAAACUUUUGUUGCUCCGGGGAUACGCUUUUAAUCAUUCGGCUGAUUUUGAAACUGUGCGUAUGAUGAAAGAAAAACUUUGCUACAUUGGGUAUGAUAUUGAAAUGGAGCAACGGCUUGCUUUAGAAACUACAGUUCUUGUGGAAUCAUACACUUUACCAGAUGGCCGAGUUAUUAAGGUUGGUGGCGAACGCUUUGAGGCACCAGAGGCCCUUUUUCAGCCUCAUCUGAUAAAUGUUGAAGGUCAAGGUAUCGCUGAAUUGGUAUUCUCUACAAUACAAGCAGCAGAUAUCGAUAUGCGCUCAGAACUUUAUAAGCAUAUCGUUCUAUCUGGUGGUUCGACUAUGUAUCCUGGACUUCCUAGUCGUUUGGAGCGAGAAAUUAAGCAGUUAUAUUUAGAACGCGUUCUUAAAAAUGACAGCGAAAAAUUGUCUAAAUUUAAAAUUCGCAUCGAGGAUCCACCCAGAAGAAAAGAUAUGGUUUUCAUUGGUGGGGCAGUUUUGGCAGAAGUGACGAAAGAUCGAGACGCAUUUUGGAUGUCUAAGUUGGAGUACCAAGAACAAGGAUUGAAUGUAUUGAAGAAACUUAGUGCUAGAACGAGUAACUAGACUUAAGGUUAUUGUGCACAUAAAUUCUGUUUUGUGUGCAUAAAACAUUGUUAGUUAAUUGCAUUUACGAGCUAUAGAAACGUGUGUUGGCAUUCUGUAGAGCCAAAAAGUCAAAUAAAAAAUUGAAGCAAGCGAUUUCCUAUUCCACUCGUUUUGGUCGUACGUUGUGAUUUUCAUAGCACAAGUAUUUAAUCGAAGAAAACCUAAAUUAAUCCACCUAGCGGUCAGACCCAGCCUUUCUCAUUCAAUUUUUUAUUUGUAAAAAUAGAUUUACAUGACCGCUUCAAUCCAAUAAAUGUAUAUUCACUCUUUAGGUUCUAAAAUAUUGAUGUUGUAAUCUUUACAAAUAAAAAUGCAGUCAAGUCUG